AUGCGAUUAGAGCAUCUUGUUAGGACUCUGAUCAAGUCCAUUUCUAAGGGGAGAGAGAGGAAAAAGAAAAUGUCCAAGUCAGCCAAACUAAUCAACAUGGAUGAAACGGGCAAAGAACAGCUUGAUCCAGACAACGAUCCUGAGUAUUGUUUCUGGCAGCCAGAAUACUACUCAAAGGUUAAGAGCUCCCGCUACUUUAAGGAAAACAAAUUCAAGUUCCUCGACCAUGGCCGCUUUUUAUACACCUUUUUCGCCUGGGCUGGCCCCUGGGUCUACAAAAUAUGCAAACAGUACAUGGACCCGUUCAUGUUUUACCCCUUGCCAGUGUCCGACCAAAUACUAUACUGGCAGCCAAUAUUCGCCAAGCGCGUCAGCGACGGCCUGGUUAAGCUCGACCAGUACGAGAGCUGCAGAUCGCAACCCACAGCCAAACGCAGAACUCCCUGCAAGUCCGUUCUCCUGAGGGCCCUGUUCGCCACGUUCUGGAGAAGAAUCACGUUCAUCCUGUGCUGCAACAUCGUUCUCAACGUCGCCAACAUGCUGCACAUCUUCAUAGUGAGGGAGAUUCUCGUGGUCCUGACCAAAGACUCAAACAACUACUACAAGUUAUAUUCGUUGGCAGUUGUCCUGUCCUUUUACCAGUUUAUCAUAGCACUGCUGCUGGACCAUGUGAACUUUUAUAUGUAUCGGCUGAUCCACGUGAUCCAGUACUCAUUCUCCAUCACAAUAUUCCAGCACGGCAUGUGUCACCGGAGGAAGUUCGCGAACAACAUCAACGGCUCAAAUCCCCUGAACGUGUGCAACCAGGUUCUCCACAGCUGCUCACCGGACUCUGAGUGUUCUAAAAACCCAUUAUUCUGCCAGGCUCUGCGUUACCAGAACAAGGAUAUCAAUUCUAGGAUAUUUUCUUUCGAGUUUAUGGAUUCAUACUACAUUUCACUAUUUCUUGAAUCUAUCGUUCAGAUACUUCAGUUCAUUUUUAACUUCCUUGUGGGAUUUUACAUCAUCUAUGAGUGUCUAUCUGUUUCUGUCUGGCCUCUGUACGUCUUCUACCUGUCUAUCACCUUCGUUAUGGUUCUUAUCGAGAUCUUCAACACUGUGCUACUGAAGUACAUUUACGGCCUGAAGGAUUACAGGAUGAACAAGUGCAAGGAGGUAAUCUCAGGCCUGGACCUAAUUGACAAAAUGUGCAUGGGCGACAUUGCUCACAACAUCAUAACAGGGACUAGGAACAACGAACUUCGGCUACUUUUCGUCAGAUUUAUGCUGUCGUUCCUUAACCGGCUUUUGGUAAACAUCAGCUCAUCGUUUGCCACGCUGCACAUAAUGGACGACCUCAUAGAGAUAUCAUUUAAGUUAGAGGACAUUAGGAAGUUUAAAACAUCCCACAUGAUGUCAUCGAUGAUAGUCGUACUCAAGAUCACGGAUUCUAUGUUGUUUGUUCCAGACUCAAUGAAAUUUUUGGCAUAUUCCCUAAUAUCCUACUUCAGAGCAGAGUAUUAUGUGAAAGAUUGUUCUCCUAACUUUUAUAUCAGUGACAACAAGUACACUGGAUCUGUUCAAACGUCCACCGACAUCGCCAGCGCCACCAACCAGCUACCUAACGAUGUUGUUGUGUAUUAUAAGGAUGCCACGUUCACCUGGGUCAACUCCAGGGAGAACCUGUUGAGUCAGAACUAUGAUCCUUAUUUGAAGAACAUCACCUUUGAACUCAAACGUGGCCAGAUGGUCAUUGUUACAGGUGCUCAGGGUUCUGGUAAAUCUAACUUCAUCAAGUCAAUGCUCGGUGAGAUGACCCUGGUUGGUGGUUCCAUGGCUGUUGUGCCUCUACACACUUCUAUGCCUAUAUUCUACGCAUCACAGGACAUAUGGCUACACCAGGGUACCAUUAGGUCAAACAUUACAUUUGGAUACAAGUUUGAUGAACACUUGUACAACACUGUGCUUAAGGCUGUUGAACUUGAAUAUGACAUAUCAACGUGGCUGCACGGUGACCUCAGAGUAGUAUCUGACAACGCACAUUCACUCAGUGGAGGCCAACGUGUAAGAAUGGAGUUGGCUCGUGCAGUGUACGCUUAUAUGGUAUUCCAUCAGGUAAACAAGGAGUAUAACAACAGCCAAUGUUCGUUCUUGAUGUGUUUGGAUGCCUCGUUUCAUGGUUUGGACCCAUAUGUAUCCAAGACAAUAUUCAAUAACCUGUUUAACCUUAAAACUGGCUUAUUGUUAAAGGAUGAUUUAUCAAUCGUUUUAACAUCGUCGAAACGAUACCUCGAUAACAUAUCUCUAUCCCAGGAUUAUUUUCCAAACUUUACUUUGUACAACGUCAAGGAUAAAAUGCUUGAGAAGACCAAAGAGGUAUCGUUAAAGCCGAAGGAUACUAGCUCUUCCUCACCCUCUGAUCUGAAAUCAAUCAGCUCAGAGGAAAUGUUCCAACUUUGCGAGUCCGACGAGAACUGUGGCAAGGGCAGAUCGGAGUACAUAAAGGAAAUGUAUGCGAACUCGCUGAUAGUGAACCCAGAGAUGAAGAAGCCCCAAUCCAGGUUCAAACAGUCGCUGAGGCCUCAUAUCAUCUAUUUCAAGUCAGUGGGACCACUUUUCGCAAUAUUCGUCGCUCUUACUCUCAUUUACAUGAUACUGGAAACGUAUAAGUACGUAGUUGCUGGAAAACUGGGCGACGACAUAAUGAACAUCGUAUACACCAUAGUUAGCCCACAGGAAUACAUGCCAGCACUCGCUAAGAUCAGAGAGCUCUGCGACGACACGCUGCUGAAAGUUAAGAAGAUAACUGUGUCAGUUGUGGUGAUCUGCUUUACUGCCAACUCCGUCCUGACGUUAUGCUGCCUCCGCGGCUGCAAGAGGAUACACGAAUACUGCAUCGACUCUCUGCUGAACAACAGCCCCCAGUUCGUGAAGAUCAAGUUGUACAGCAGUGAAAUCCUAACGUUCCUUUCCUCGGACAUGUUCAUGAUCGACGAGACCUUCGGAAGCAUUCUGUCUCAGCUGCUGAUACUGGUGAUCCAGGUCAUCCUCAUGGUUUGCGUUCUCUGUUACUACUUUCCCAUCUGCGUGCCUGCCAUUGGCCUGUGCCUGACCAUAAUGGUGUACGGAGUUUUUAUGCAGUACGUCUACUCGACGAAAAACCUGCAAAUUGCCUCUCUGGAGGCGCUCUCCAGGAACAACUUCGUCUGCGAAAACGCCGUGUCAUCCUCGUCGACUUACCGCAGCCUCAAGAAGGAGGCGAGUCUUCUGGAUAACGUGAUGGAGCACACCGACUACUUCGUCAGGGCCUUCUUUUUCAACAAGUCGUUUAUGUCCUGGGCCUGCUUUGCCUCCAAGUUUGCCUUCCUGUUCAUGACUCUGAGCUCCUUCAUCAUCCCCCUGAUUUAUAAGCAGUUCAAAAAGCCCCAAUUUUUCAUCGGGGACUAUGGCCUGAACGCCAUGCAGACCGUAAGGAUCAUGUUCACCUACACCGCCUACAUCCUCACUGCUGCCAACCUCGAGAUGCUGAUGUGCUCCAUCACCAGGUUUGAAUGCUUCGUCCCCCGCGGACAGAAGUGCAAGUUCCUAAAGUGCCGCAAUAUCCACCAGGAGAACCUGGUCAUGGACGUUGACUCCUACAUGGGCCGCCCCGCCUCUGAGGCCGAGGUAAAACAGUCACUGCUGCUGAGAAGAAAGAGGGAAUUCAGAAAGGAGAAUAAGAAGUUUUAUUGUUUUAGAAAGCUUAGUUUCAAGCCGAGGAUUAACAUAUCUCACCCGAACUCUGAACUAAAUCAAGAGCACACUGGCGUCAGUUUGGUCGACGUUUCAGUGUACACAACCCCUGACUAUAACCCAGAUGGUGUAAUUCUUAAGGCAAUAACAGUCUCUGCUAAGCGUUCUGAGAUAAUUGGCAUUGUUGGCAGGACUGGUGCUGGUAAGACUACUCUGUUGUCAGUACUGCAGAACAUUGUUGAGAACAGAACAGGUCUCGUACUGUUGGACGGCAUGGAUCUCAAUAAAAUCUCCAAACACGUACUCAGACAGGUUAUAGGUGUUCUACCACAACUGCCAUUUGUGUUCAAGGGAUGGACUAUUCGCAGGUUCCUUGAUCCUAGGAAGCUGUUUAGUGACGAUGACAUCAACGAUGCGCUGGACAAGUGUGGUCUACUCAACUUAGUCAAUGAGCUUCCUGGUGGCAACAAGUUGGAUAGUGUGAUAAUACCAGACAAUCUGAGUCUGUACAUGCCAACGAAGAAGAAAAUCGCUAAACUGAACGUUGACAACUUGAAGGAUUAUUAUAAGGAGUGUGACAUGUUACUGUCGAACAGUCAGCUGAGGACACUCUCACUGGCCAGACUAGUGCUGUACCGAAACCUAUUCAGGGUCAUUCUGGUUGAUGAACCUCCAGAAAACUCAGACGAAUACGAGUACGGAGAACAGAGUCUAGAGUACAAGGAUACUGGAGUCCCAAUAUAUGAGUUACUAAAAGCCUACUUCCAACACUGUACAACAUUCGUCACGGCACACAAUUCCAACUCCCUGCGUAUGUGCAAUUCAGUAUGGAUAUUGCACAAGGGAAUGUACAUGGGCAAGUGCGGCGCCGAAGAAAUAUUAAAAGAGAAUUCUAUCGCCAAUAUAAUACAAAAGUUUGUAAAAUAG